AUGGCUUGGUGGGACUCGCGGCAGCAGCAGCAGCAAUGGCAGGAGCAAGAGCAGCACCGCAGCCUUAGUGUUGCCUCGAUACGGCCAAAAAAACGUCUCAUUUUGGGAGACGCCUUUCCCAGGCUCGACCAACCCGCCAGCAGCAGCCAGCAGCCAGCACCGGCACCGACACCGGCACGGCUGACCAUGGACCAAGAAAGGGCCUUGCUGUCGCCCGUCUUUGACGACUAUCGCGCCGCCACCUCCACACCCCCCCUCGUGGUGCACGUUGAGAUCCGGUUUACCGACCCGGUAAUCCGGUCGAGAUAUUUCCGGAGCUAUGGCAGCUCGCCUGCCCUCGAGCCCAGCAGGCGGCUCUGCAAUGGCUUGCUGCGCCGCAUUGAGCGCUGCUCUCACGAGCUCCUGACGCGCAAGGACUCGGGCGCACUCGAACCGCUCAGGGACGACACGAAAGAGUCCAAGCCCUUGAGAUUCGACAUGACAUUUCGUAUUAUGACGAGGGGAGCGGGCGAAUGGGCCGAGAGGGCCUACCGCUCCUACCAAAAGCAACCCCUGACUGUCGCACUCACGAAGGACAUCAUCUUGGCCACCCAUAAGAUGGUUGGCCUUUACCUGCGCCGUCACGACAAGUACUUCAGAUGGAUUGACCAACCUUUUUAUGACAUGGAGCCUGAGAACCCAGAGACGACGGUGCCGACUCAUGGUGGUCCUCUGUCGCUGGCGUGCAUCCCCAGAUCUCGCUUCAUCGAGUCGUCUCAAUCAUUUGAGGCUGUGCCCGGGUACAGGAUUGAGCUGUCGUUCGAGAGUCGAAACCCCCAACGCAAAGAAAUCGAAUUCCAGACUGUCGUCAAAGCCAACAGCAAGCAGACCGCCCCGCUAACCCUAUUCAUGAGCGAGGAUCUGCUGUGGAGGGCUCUAAGGGCCGUGAACGAAGGUUUGGAGCCAAGAAAGCGCGCGUUCGACGAUCAUCUAAAGGACUGUCUUGCAUUGGAUUGCCACCAUGCCGAUGACGACGCUCUAAGCAUCGAACUCCGGAUUACAAACAACCUUGGUCCGGUCUACAGUCAGGUGCGCCGGACAAUCACGAGCAAGCUUUCGCUGUUCCGGGACUCCGAGGCUAAGGACUGCGACGAGUUUCUUAAGGCCGCCGAAGCCGCUCUUGUUGAUGCCUGUCAAGACACCGACGCAAAGAUCAAUGCGAUGGACGAUUUUGAACUUCGGAUACUUGAGCUCAAGGGCGUAGGCUGGACACUUUCUCAGCCAGCAAAGUUCACUGUCAACUCUUCGGCCUCGUAUAGCCGGCGGACGAUCCAGGCAGCUCUGGACCGAGUCCAGACCGGCAUCAGCGAUGUUCUCCGUGGUCGCAAUGUUGCUGUCCACAUCAGCGCGCACAAAAGAGGGCAUACUGUGCUCGACAAGGCCAUUGUGGCGCAUGAGAAGCGGGGAGGAAUGAAGGAGAUGUUUGCAUCCCCGGAGGAAGAAAGCUCAGUUCUCAUCGCCAGACUCAAAACACGCAUCCGAAGCGACAUCGACAUGGUCUUUGAAGAUACGUGCUUAAUCGACGACAUGACCGACGACGGAGAUGAGGAAGGCCAGAUGCUUCCCUUUCCUUUGGCGGGAACCUCCGGAACCAAUGACCCAUUGCCAAACGAGCAAUGCAAUCCUGUCCGAGAGCAACCCCCAGCAAAACAAUCUGGCCAUACUCAGUCCAAGUCUCAAUCCCUGCCCAGACCUCAGCCAUCUUCAAGACGCCUUGUUCAGCGAGCAUUUUCUCUUACUCACAGCUCCUCGGAACCUCCAGUGUUCCAAGCCCUACCAGCUUCUGUGCGAGAGGGACCACCCGCUGAAACAUCUGUUGGCACGGUACAUGAGACAGCCUCGCCACCAAGGCCGCAGAGCUCGUCGAGGACGCUUGUCCAACGGGCCUUGUCGCUAACAAAACGACAAUCGACUGAAACCCUCCAAGAGCCCCCGGGAAACCAACAUGACAAGUCCAAAUCCUUACCUAGGCAAAAAAGCUCGGUUCGGAGGCUUGUUCGGCGAGCCUUUUCACUCUCUCGUCGCUCAACCGAGUCUCUGUGGUCCAAAAACUUCUCUAAGCUCGCUGAACACACACCCGAAGGUGAGAGGAGUAGGCCGGGCUCGGUUGCUGGCGAACAAGACCUUACCCGGACUCGUGGUCAAAGGCAUUCCCUCGGGCGUCCGAUGACGGCUAUGGGCCUUGUUGAACCAGCCGAAGCUACCGAGUCUUUGAUCGCCAUAUCCAAGAGUCGCUCAACGGCAGGUCGUGUGAGCAACGCAUCAACUUUGAUAGACGAGCUUGCCAUUGGAGUCAACCCCCUAGACCCGACCGAGCCUGUGGAAGUUGGUGACGGCCGAGUGACCGGGCCAACACAAGCCUCGGAAACCGAACCCGCAGAAGUGAACCGCCAUAUUGGAGAGAGCGCGCCCCAACGAGGGUCCGAGAGAUUGUGCCUGACGGUGCCGAGCGUGGUAGAAACCGACGACGCGGGGAUCUCGGCAGGGAUCGACCUAGGAGAACCCGCUGCAGCAUUCGAUGCCAACUCAACCUUUCAGACUUCGAACCGAGCUAAGGUCACACCUUGCCCGGGAGAGGAACACUUUUCUGGCCAAGGCACUGGUUCGCUUAUGAUGGACACUGAUGAUGCGCUGGAACGUGCGCCGAACCCGGUCUUUGACGAGGUGUCUAAAACCCGAAGUCUAAAUCCCACAAACACCGGGGAAGACGAAGGCUCCACCGCACCAUCUACCCCUGCGUUAAGCACUGGGGGAGAUUCCUCGCCGAGAGCUAGUGUGCUGAUAACUCCGCGAUAUCUGCGGAGGCUUUCGGGCGCGAGGGAUUCCAUUGCGAAGGAGCCCGAGCCCGAGCCCGAGGCGCUGGGGCCAGACAUGGAGGCUGAAACAGACGGACAAUCCACCGCGAUGACCUCCGAAGGUGAAGACCAAAGUCGCGAUAUUCUUGAACUGCCUCAAAUCGAGACAUGUUCACCCAUCUGCCUCCCUCAGACAACAAAUGUGCCCGAGCUCACGACCAACGGGCCCGAAAAGAACUUGGAGUCGGCACUUCUGCUCGGGGAGAAUACCGAGUCUGAAGUGUCCGGAGACGGGGUGAAUUCCGGGCGCGAGGAAGAUGACUCUCCGCUACGUACCCUGACUGCAAAUUCCGAGCAAGAGAAUAACACGAGUUUCAUCAACGAAGUGUCUUACACUGCAGAGCUCGGGGCCGAAUUGUUUGCAAAGCCCAAUGGUGGUUGCCAGGGCGCCAACGAAGCGCGUCCGGACUUCCCCACCCCGGAAGUCCGGAACUCGGCCCCGACCGAUACGAGGCUAAUAGCAAGGUCAAUUUCGCUUUCUAGCUCGGAACCUAGCUCGGGCCCAUUUAAACCAAUCGAUUGCCAACAGGCAGUUGGUUUUGGUGUUGGCAGUGUUGGUGGCGUGGUUGUGGAGAGAUUCUGCGCCGCCAAGGGUUCGCCGGACAGCCUUGGCCUUCCGACUCCCGAGACUGAUGCCUCAAAAAGUGAGACUAACAAUAUCGAGAGCCUGCACCCAGUGGAUUUCGAGUCCGAUGGCCUCAAAAUCCCAGCGGUCCCGCAGGCACCCGAGAUCCCGAUUGAAAACAACGGAGCCGGAGGCCAUGUGCACGACCGACUCGCCCUUGAGGCCGGCUCCGAAUCGCAAAACGCUUCUCAGCAUGAAAUCGGUGAUAUCUUAGCUACCGAGAAAUCCGAAACAAGUAGUCAUGAAGUCUUGAUUACUCACGAUGGCAGUCUGCCAGCCGCAGUUUCGAGUGUCAGUGUCGACAAUGGUGCGGACACUCGUACAUGCGAUGACUCUGCCGGAGCUCUUGGACUCGGUGACGACCAAGACUCCGCCGCUAGUGCGAGCUGCGCUGCAUCCGACAUAAUCGUCGGUGAUCAUGUCGGAGACGAUGUCGGUGCCAGUGCGGACCUAGACUCCGGAUUGUCCGAGGCAUCCGUCGGAGUCGACAGCUCCAGAGAUGUUCAGAUGCCCGAGCCCGCGACUUGCGGUGGAUCCGAGACUCCUGAAGGGACAUCCAGCUCUAUCCGUGGCAUCCGUGCUUCGUCUCUCGACAUUUCUUCCGGAAGCCGAGACGGAGAGGGGGUUUGCAAUAGUUCCGGUCCGGAGUCCGAGACUUUCUCCGAGACAUCCACCAAGGAUGAAGCUGAAGGGGGCGGGUGCUCUGCCGAUGUGGGUUCUGUUUGCCCCAAGACCUCCGCCGGACAUCUACUGGGAGCUGGUACCGAUUUCGAUGCCGAUGGAGAAGUGGUCGUUACCGAAGAUGCACCCUCGCUAAACGAGACGGGGCCGUACCUGGAGGCGAGAAUUUCCCAAGUCUCGCAAGCCGGUCAUGAUGUGGACGCCGAUGCAUCGAGUUCUCUCCUAACUGAAAUCAUCGGAGAAAAUGUUGUCACAGCACCCGACAUCCCCCUUGCCCGAGAUGCGGUGCAAGAAAGCAUCGCCAAGCUCGAGAAGACUUUGGUUCUUCAGGGUGUUGAGAUCAGCGGUCCCGAGAUCGGAGUCGAAGAAGCGAAAGAGAAUACUAGUCAGAGCGACAUUGGUGUUGACGCAGAGAAGAUCGAGACUAUGCCCGAUGCGCUGAUGUUGGGUCCCGAAGCGGUUGAUGACAUGACCAACACGCCUCGUGGUCCGGCCGGGCUCGAUGUGGGUUAUGAGACCGAGAUCUUGGCCAACACACCAGAGAUUCUGGGUGACAGUGAAGAAGUUAAUAAACGCCACUGGGGUGCCGAAGUAGAAUCAUCGGUGCUCGAAGAUGGUACUGCGGAACCGGGGAUUCCCGCCAAAGCAUUUGUGGCUCCGCUUGCGGACGACUCCGUGGCUGACGGCAGCGGACAAAGACUCGUACUACCCGAAAUAUCUGUCAAGGAGUUCACCGCUCCGCUGCCCGAUGAGCCGACUUGUUCGCUGGACAAAGCGCUCACCUCGGGUGAUUUGGUCGCCAACCCAAGUACCCUAUUUCUGGAAUCCAACGUGGCGGCCUCGGCGAACAAGACAGCGGAGAUACCCGUGACGCAGCCGGCUGAUCACCCGACGUCGUUCAACCCGCUCCUACUUUUCCCCUUCCCGGUUCUUUCAGCCUGGAGUAACUCAUCUUCGAUUCCGGACACUUUGGGCUGCGGGACUUUGCCCAGUGCCCGGAGUUCGGUCGAUUCUUACCGAGUGUUAUUGUCAGACGAGGAGAAGUCAUCUUCUUUAUCGUCAUUUAAAAAUUGUAGUCGUCCCCAGACAGCCGGCUACCUGGGGCUCCACCGCGAGUCGCCAUUUGCCGACUUCGGUCUGCGAGGUGCGCUCGGAGACACCCACCGCUCCAGUUUCCCGGCGUUGCAAGCCGUGGUCGCGGUCGCCACUACUGAAGAAAAACCGGACUCGUUGCCGGUGAAAGGCGGCACAGACAAGAAGCAUGGCAAGCGGCGAAAGAUUGUGAAGGCACAGCCACAAGAAGAUGGCGACGACGGCCCAAUGGUGUUGUCUCGUAUCAUGCUGCUCCUCGCUGGUGCCAUGGCCAUCAACAAGGUCCUGAAGGGCCCUCCGCCCGGAUUUGGGGCAGGUUAUUAG